AUGCUGGCUGGCCUGGCGGCUGUUGCCAUGCUCUUCAGCUGCGUCAAAGCCUCUCCGCUGCCUCAAGGCGAAGGAGCAUCCGCUUCAGCUUCCUCUGGUAGUCUCGCCGCUGGUGGCGGUGCCGCUGGAUUUGACAGUAACGGCAAGCCUAUCGCUGCGACCGGUACUGUCAGCGUCAACCACAACCGAGCAAACGCUAGAGCUAAGGCUCUGGGUGUUAAGGUUGAAGACCACCUGAAGGGAUAUCUGUUCGUCUCCUACAAAGAUGAGACCGAAGCUGUUUAUGCUCAUCUUUCGGUAGGCAACAGCCCGCUCAAGUACACUGUCGUCAACGAAGGCCAGCCCAUUCUCAGAUCUGAAGCCGGCAGCAAGUCAAUUCGAGACCCAUACCUGAUCUCGAAGCCUGACCGCUCCCAGAGCUGGAUCAUCGGCACGGACGUCAAUGUCCGCCAGUACAAUGGAGACUAUGGCAAGGUCCAGAGAAACCAGAGCCGCGGCAUCGUCAUCUUCGAAUCCAAUGGAGCAAGCCUUUCCGACUGGAAGCCCGCUCGUAUCUCUCCUCCUCUCAUCGAUGAAAGAGCUGGCUUUGUAAACGCACCUUCGGCCGUGUGGGACCCCAUCAAGAACGCCUUCCUCGUCACCUGGGGUAGCGCUGUGUUCAAGACUGCUCAACAAGAUGACAAGGAUCAGCCCCCUACCUUUAUCUGGAGCGCCUACACUACCGAUUUCCAGACCUUCUCCAAGGCUCAGCCCUACUACACUCCCAAGGACGGCGCUGCCACUGACAUGGCCAUCGCUGCUCUGAACGGCACCACUGACAGCAAGUCGUUUGCCCGCUUUUUCCGCGACGACACCAACGGCACGCUCAAGGUCCGCGGCCAGAUCAGCCGUGAUGGCGUCAAUGGCAAGUGGACCGACAUUGGAGGCACCGACGCCUUUGUGGACCCUAAGAACAACAACGGCGGACCUCUGCUCUUCAAGGACAACAUCGACCAGAGCAGGUGGCACAUCUGGGUGGACGGCUUUGUCUCUGGCUACCGACCCUUUGAGACUAACGACAUUGCCCAACCCCACCCUCAACCCAGCUCGACAGAUGGCUUCCCUGUUGGUAGCAAGCAGGGCAACGUCGUCCCUCUGACUGAGGCGCAAUACAGCGCUCUGUCCAAGGCCUGGGACGUGCCUGCUCCCGCCGACACCGCGUCAGGCACGAGCCCUAGCACGAGCCCUAGCACCACCCCUGCUACCACCCCUGCUACCACGCCUUCUACUACGGCUGAGCACUAG